AUGGCAGCUCCUCAGGAGAAAAGAUCUUCUGAAGAAAGAAAACACAAAAGUGUCCCAAAUGGUGCUCAAAAAUCUCAAGGACAGUGGGGAAGAGCAUGGGAAGUAGACUGGUUUUCUUUGGCAAGCAUCAUUUUCCUGCUCCUGUUUGCACCGCUCAUUGUGUAUUACUUCAUAAUGUCCUGUGACCAGUACCAGUGCUCCCUGGUCAGUCCUCUCGUUGACUUGCUCCUGGGAAACACGCGUCUGUCUGACAUCUGGGACAAAACUCCUCCGCUGACCUACAAGGCUGCUGGCAUCUAUGUCCUUUGGGUCACUUUCCAGGUGAUUUUGUACGCCUUUGUUCCUGAUUUCUGCCAUAAGUUUCUUCCUGGAUACGUAGGAGGUGUGCAGGAAGGUGCUGUUACUCCUGCUGGUAUAGUAAAUAAAUAUGAAAUCAAUGGACUUCAGGCUUGGAUCAUCACCCAUGUGCUUUGGUUUGCAAAUGCCUAUUACUUCCACUGGUUCUCACCUACCAUCAUUUUUGACAAUUGGAUUCCUCUUCUGUGGUGUGCCAACAUCCUGGGAUAUGUAGUUUCCACGUUUGCAAUGAUUAAAGGCUACUUUUUUCCUACUAAUGCCAAAGACUGCAAAUUCACUGGUAACUUUUUUUAUGACUACAUGAUGGGGAUUGAAUUUAAUCCUCGAAUAGGAAAGUGGUUUGAUUUCAAGCUCUUCUUCAAUGGGCGCCCUGGUAUUGUAGCGUGGACUCUGAUUAACCUUUCCUAUGCUGCUAAACAACAGGAGCUGUAUGGGCAAGUAACCAACUCCAUGAUCCUUGUCAAUGUCCUUCAGGGUAUUUAUGUUUUGGACUUCUUCUGGAAUGAAGCCUGGUAUUUGAAAACCAUUGAUAUCUGCCACGAUCACUUUGGAUGGUACUUGGGCUGGGGAGACUGUGUUUGGUUACCAUACCUCUAUACCCUGCAGGGUUUGUAUUUGGUUUACCACCCUGUCCAGCUUGGCACAGCUAAUGCCGUGGGCAUCUUGAUCCUGGGGCUGGUUGGCUAUUACAUCUUCAGGGUGACCAACCACCAGAAAGAUCUCUUUCGACGCACGAACGGCAACUGCAAGAUAUGGAGAAAGAAGCCGGAAUAUAUUGAGUGCUCCUACAUGUCCGUGGAUGGGACAAAGUACUACAGCAAGCUGAUGACUUCAGGCUUCUGGGGAUGGGCCCGGCAUUUCAACUACACGGGAGACCUGAUGGGCUCGCUGGCCUAUUGCCUGGCCUGCGGCUUUGGGCACGUCUUGCCUUAUUUCUACAUCAUGUACAUGGCCAUCCUGCUAACGCACCGCUGCCUCCGGGACGAACACCGUUGUUUCUGCAAAUACGGGAAGGAUUGGGAGCGCUACGCUGCCAAAGUGCCUUACCGGCUGCUACCUGGAAUAUUUUAAGACUGAAACAGAAUCCAGGGGAAAC